UAGCGUCGAUCGGCGUUUCUCUGGCGUGCCGUCACGUAAACCACGACCCGCGGAUGCGUGUGACUCGCGUCUCGGAAGGAUCCGCCGGCCCGAGUAUUGGCCGUAACCCCCCGGCGUCGCGCGCCGCUGUUUGUUUUUUAGCCCCUCGCGCGUUGGCACGCGGCGAAUUCCGCAAGCGCGAGGGAGCCGCCGCCGCGCUGCUAAAGCACGCUUGUCCGCACGCCCUGCGCCGCGUCAGCCAUGGGCGUCACGUGUUUGGAUGCGCCCGGUGUCUCGACUUCCAAGUCGGGAAACGAGGGUUAAGGAGUUUUGCCGAGUUAGCCCCCCGCCUGCGCCGCUCGCGCCGCGGCAGACGCCUUGAGUGACACUUAACACCGUCGCCAGUCUGCACCAUCGGGGUUGCCUCUGCACCACGACACACACGCACACACACGUGGACCCAAGUCGUCCCUUUCUAUGACACACCCGAUUUGCGCGCAGCUAGAUUCGGUGGAAUCGCUCUUCGACGAACUCCCAUAUAUGUUUUAUCUCGGCCUGUUUUUUGUGAACGUCCUCAUCCUCUACUACGCCUUUCUGAUGGAGUACAUCGUCCUGAAUGUAGGGAUCGUGUUUCUGCCAGAGGACAUGGACCAGGCCCUAGUGGAUCUGGGGGUGCUGUCCGACCCGGCCUCCGUCCCCUAUGAUACGGACACGGAGUUGGAUGUGUUUGAGGGGUACCUGGAGUAAAGGUGGGGGGGGGGGGAGAGAAGGGACCAGAAGGAGGAGGAGGAGGAGGAGCAGAGGAUCCGGGGACGACCCCUCGGCUCAGGGUGGACAGGACCACCUGAAAGCACCCUGGUCUACAACGAGAGGGAAGACUGUCGGAGUGGACGCUGCUGCUUCCGUCUGGUUGCACAGUCAUUCAUGAAAGAAAGUACUCUCACAGCGAUUAAAGACAGCCUGAUGAUGGAUAAAGCACCGCCACUACCACCGAUGGAAAGCUACUGCCAGGCAGGAAGGACCGUUUUCUCCUUGUCGGCCAUUCUGUUGCCAGUCCAAUAGCAAUGCACGUGGAUGAGAUAACGAAGGGGGCUGGCAUUCAGCACUUGCAUCUCUCCCUCGAAAUUAGAAGGAAGCGCAAGUGCUGAAAGUUGGAGAAAAUGCUACCUCCUGUGGGCGAACACAGGUCGACCCCUGAUACCCGGGAAGUGUUCCAGGCCACCGAGGCUGCAGUCCGUUUACACGCUGUGGCCGGUGGUCAUACAACCGGGGUCAUCAGCAGACUCAAAUAUCAGACUGACGUACCAAGUAUGCUGUUAUUGUUUGGCUUUCAUGCCAAAUGCCUACCCGGCCUAGGUUUUCCCCAAACACGUUAACUCUCACAGACCACGCUGCUUAGGUGGAAGCCCUUUUUAGUUUUUCACAAUGCAAGAAAAAAGUAUUCGGAGCAAACGAUAACCUUUUGCGUCGCUUCGUUGCAGUUCGCUCAUCCUUGAAGCCUGACUUGACGUGUGUCAUUUGCAGGCCUUCAUAUGUCAACAUCAGGGAUGUAAAUACUCUCAGGGCACUGUCCGGGCCCAACCAGUUGUACACUGGACAUGUUAGGCCGUAAAACUAGAGCGUAACACACCCAUGAAUUAAUGAAUAACAUCACGGCCACACUUACUGUAGGUCUUCAUCGCCAUCCUAGAAAGUACUGAAGUAUCAAAGAGUACUUAGUUCAGUUGAAUUGAACUUCAUCAGAGCUACAGUCCUGACGAUGGUCGCUUUUUGUUUGAUUUUCUGACAUCUGUGGCGAUAUCGGUAAUUGCAUCCCAGAGAUGCCUUCGAAGUGACUCACCAGUGGUGGUGUGUCAGCACCUUACCCACCGCAGAACAAAAGCAAACGUGGCUGAACCUGAGUUUUACUUAUUGGUGUUGUCCUAUCUGAUGGUAAAGGUCUUCUGAUAGCUUGCUCUGUCAUAUCUGCUUCACUUCUUCAAGCUCAACACGACAUGCCUUCUUCCUCAUUUGGGCUGCUAUGACGAAGACGUAAAAACGUUACGUGCCAUAUCAUUUAUUCCGGGAGAAUCCUACCGAACAACCGUCAUUUAAAUAUGUAGCUAGAAUAAAGCCAUGAUUUGAAUACUAACGGAUUAGGUAUUGUCUUAAAUAUAACGGCGAAGGAGCGUCUCGGCUAAGGACUUUUGGUUGCAUGUGAAUCUUCAGGAUUGUAGCUUUAACAAAACCUGGAAACGACAUUUUGAAGGGAAACCUCACAAGUGCUUCAUAUUUCUGACUUUAUUUCUUCUUUGUCUGAAUAUAACUCAUUCUUAUUUAUCGUCUCUGGACGUGUGUCAGAUAGGCUAGAGUCCAAGCAUGACCUUAGUUGUGUUUUUUUUUUUACAUUUUUUUGUUUCAGAUGCCGUCUCACUGUUAUUUCAUGCUUCCUAUGAAUUCGGCGUCAAGUUGACUGGAGUAAGACUCCCGUCUCUUCUCCGCAGCAAAAGCAAAAACGACUAAACUGGAGAUUCAUUUAGUUUUAUCUCUUACGAAUCAGCUGCUUUUCAGUUUGUGUAGUUUGCUCGGGAUGUACUACAUACUCAUGAAGCCUGGAGAGUGCGUCGCAAAACGUGUCUCGUUCAGAGUCGGAGAGGCGCACGUUUUAAGCCUGAAUCAUUGAUCAGCUGAUCCAGUUAACUUGGGUUGAACUUUCUCACUGAAGUCGCAGAGUCCUGUUUUCCUGAAACCUCCACCUUGAAAACCACCUGGCGCCUCAUGUAUCAGGCGGUACUACGGGCAAAUGUGUUCACCCCGCACCCAUGGGAUUUUUUUCAGCCCCUGAACUUUGUCUCAGAGACCAGUGUAGAACCUGGCUAACCCCUGAAUUUAGACACCGAUUGGCUAUCACCCAUGUCUUUGCAGGGCCUGGGUGAUCGCUGGUUGCAAGAGGUAGACAGUAGAUGUUAGGAGGAAGGAAUUACCAAUAACCAUCAUGCUUUGCUGCUGACUGUCAGACAAUCCUGAGGGCUAAAAAAAUUUCCAUGGGUGUGUUGGAACACAUUUGCCCACAGUAACGACUGAUACACGAGGCCCCGGGUCUGACAAACUGCCCAUGACACACUACAAGCCAUUUGAUAAAUGGUUUGCCAGUAAACUAAGCUGAACACUCAAGUUUGUACGUACACACUUUAAAUUCUAAGUAAUUUUUGUACCGCAUUGCCGUUUUGUUUUUCUCCAGUUCUUCUGGGUGUGUAGUUGUAUUUAAUUCCCCUGAUUUAUUCCUCCCCUUCGUUUCAGAUGUCAUUCAGCGUAGCACCUUAAAAGCACCGCUUAAAUACACCCGGUACAGCUGAACAAGUUGUCUACAAACAAAAAAAAGGCUCUAGCUUCAAACUGGUGCCGCCGAUGUGACUUUUACCAGGCUGGCGGAUGAAUUCCUGACGCCCGUAACUGAGAGGGUCUUCACAGAAAGUUUUCAAGAGUUCACGGACUUGACUUGUUAAAUUGUUAUCAUGCAACUUAAACUGAGUAAAUAGAUGCUGAGAAGGAUUACAAACGAGGAUUAAAAUUGACACGUCUGAGACGUGUCGUGGAUUGGUGCAUAGUUAUUCCAAGUUUGCUCCAUCUCAAUGCCUCCGUCACAGACGAUAAAACUAAGAGAUAAAGGCCAGAAGAAGAUGAGUUGCUAGUGAGAACCCCCAUGCGUCCUCCAUCCUCUGUGACUAGUGCACACGGCCACUGUAACUCUAGUUAAUUGGCAUGGUAAUUUGCAUAUGAAACCGAUCGUUGGUUUGGGUCGUUAUGCCGCUGUGUAGUUUAUAAGGGUUGGGUUACCUGCAGUCGGGCGUCGUGUCCAGAUGAACCGCUUCAACUUUCUGUGAUCUCCCUACCUGGAUGCUUAAGCAUGCAUCAAGACGACCUCCAUGCACUUUGUUGCAGUUUGCAGUUGUGAACGCACACUCCUCCUAUUAUACUUCACACAGUACCGAGUCAGUUCAGCGGCGGCACACUCGCGAAAUCCAGACAGACAAUCUCGCUGACCUCCGCAGGACUUUGGAUGACAUAUGUCGUUUGUGCUGGACUCCUCAUUGCAAUCACUACACGACCUGAAGACCACGUCUGUCAUAUCCGCUCUGCCACCCCCCCACCCCACCCUACCCGCCAUGACCCGCUCCUGUUGUAAUAAGCUAAGGAUCUUAACAAAGUUUUAUUUUCCAACCUGUAUUUAAUAAACAACGAGUGAA